AUGGAGACCGGAUUGGCUCGUUGUCAUGGCGGAGCACUUCUCCCCAAAGCUUCUUCCCAGCGUUCAACUGGGCUUGUCUCCCCAAGUUUUGUUUCUCCUUCAUUCAGCUCCAGAAGUCUGAAAUCUAGCUCAUUGUUCGGGGAAUCCUUGCGCGGGUUGCCGGUAAGAUCAUCACUUAAGGCUUCCAGGUCGUCCAAGAACUCGACUUCCCUGGUGACUAAAUGCGAGAUUGGUGACAGUCUGGAGGAGUUUCUCACAAAGGCAACCCCAGAUAAGGGACUAAUUAGGCUGCUGAUGUGCAUGGGAGAAGCCUUGAGAACUAUUGCCUUUAAAGUCAGAACAGCUUCUUGUGGUGGAACUGCUUGCGUCAAUUCUUUUGGUGAUGAACAGCUCGCUGUUGAUUUGCUUGCCAACAAACUUCUCUUUGAGGCCUUGAAGUACUCUCACUCCUGCAAAUAUGCUUGUUCAGAGGAAAUUCCUGAGCUUCAAGACAUGGAAGGUCCUGCUGAAGGAGGAUUUAGUGUUGCUUUUGACCCUCUUGAUGGUUCCAGCAUUGUGGACACAAACUUCACCGUGGGCACCAUUUUUGGAGUGUGGCCUGGAGACAAACUAACUGGGGUGACCGGAAGAGACCAAGUGGCUGCAGCCAUGGGGAUAUUCGGACCUCGGACGACAUAUGUUCUAGCUCUUAAAGAUUGUCCAGGGACCCAUGAAUUUCUUCUCCUUGAUGAAGGAAAAUGGCAACAUGUCAAAGAUACAACUGAGAUUGGAGAAGGCAAAAUGUUCUCUCCUGGAAACUUGAGGGCUACAUUUGACAAUCCUGACUAUGCCAAGCUGAUUGACUACUAUGUCAAAGAGAAAUACACCUUGAGAUACACUGGAGGAAUGGUGCCUGAUGUAAACCAGAUCAUUGUGAAAGAAAAGGGAAUAUUUACAAAUGUGACAUCCCCUACAGCCAAGGCCAAGCUGAGACUGCUAUUUGAAGUUGCUCCCUUGGGAUUCUUGAUCGAGAAAGCCGGUGGAUACAGCAGUGACGGAAAACAGUCUGUGCUGGACAAGGUUAUUGAAAACCUUGACGACAGAACUCAAGUGGCGUAUGGAUCUAAAAAUGAGAUCAUUCGAUUUGAGGAAACUCUAUAUGGAUCCUCCAGGCUCAAGGCUCCUGAACCAGUUGGAGCUGCUGCUUGA